UGUAUCCUGUCGGAUCCGAAACAAAGAACAAGCCAGCCACGGGAUGCGACUAGGCAUAAACUGUUUGUGUAGCGUUUCAUUGUGGAUUUCGCUUUCUACCGUCGAGACUUUUGCGUCACCGGUUUUUACUACUCGUGCAUCUGUUCAAAAGGACCCGCCCCUUGGAAUGUGUAACCAAGCGAAUUGAAGGGGGCGGUUAUUUUCUGGAAGUGAUUCUUUCAUGUUCCUAACCACACAACACGAGGGACGCAAGACCUGUAUGAACGGUCGCUUGUGCAGGCGGUUUCCCACAGGCGUGGCGGCGUCUCUCUGCUUAUUUAUAUUUGUGUAAGCAUGAAGGUCUGUAGCAAAACCUCAAGUGUGUGCACAGGGAGUCGCGCACGUCAUUUCGUGGCGAUAAGGUACCUUGUUGUAUUCGGGAUGCUGAGACACACUCUCAUCCAUGUCGCCAAGAUGCUAUCCACUCAUAAUGGAGUGCCUGCCUGGAGAGUUCUCAGGGUCAUUACAGGCCAUUUUGACCCUUCCACUGUUUACGUCUUCAACGGCCAAAACACGUGUGUGACCCUGUGGCAGCAUGAGCUGCAACUGUGCCGCAAUCUGCUCUUUCUCAACAUUUCUAACUGUGAACUGACUAGCAUCAGUGCCAUAGUCUCUCUUACCAGCCUUAGACACCUUGACAUUUCCUACAACAGUCUCGUCAAACUUGACAAUAUUAACAAACUGCGAGAACUCGAGAAUUUGAGAGCCGUCGCCAACCCUAUCUCACGAUUCCAGUGUGCCUUUCACCAGGACCUCCGAGACUUGUCUGGCCUUGAAUGCCUCAAGGCUCUCUCUUUCCAGAACGUGGAUGGGACAGAUGCAUGCCCAGUUUGCCGCCUGGGGGACUACCGCGCCCGAAUCUACUACCUUCUUCCCCAGGUCGCUCCGCGGUCCUUUACGUCAAAGACAGAAACAAAGGGAAUUCUCACUGCGCAGAUAUGUCCCGGAACCGGUGUGCCUCUAACUGCUCUUCGCACGCGGCUGAGUAGUCUGGAUGGCGUGCGAGUUCAUCUCCCCGACAUCAACGCCAAGUUUGUAGAAGGGACAGAAACGCUCGAAAAGAUGCGUGCAAGAACCGCUCAGCUGCGUGAUCGUACUCAGCGUGUGUGCCUCCCGGCCGUCCUAGAUUUCCCUCCCUUUGAAGCAGGAACGUCAGUUUCUUCUGAAUUCACACCGUGUGUAGAACAUCUCGCGUCCCUUAGAGAGGCAGUUGCAGAAGCCAAGGAAGUUCUGGCGCUCUUCGAGAAACUAAGCAUGUCUGUGGAAGACAAAGUUUGA